AUGGCUCCUCCUCGAAAGAAACAAUGCCUCAGGAACCGUAACCGGUCAAAACGGCAGCAAACGCAACAAGCUCGGCAAACAGAAACUGAUGAAGAUAUACAGCGAAGACGGGAACAGAAUCGACUUUCAAUGGCUGCAGUAAGAGAAACAGAAACUGAUGAAGAUGCAUUGCAUAGACGGGAGCAGAACAGGCUUUCAAUGGCAGCAGCAAGAGGAACAGAAACUGAAGAAGCUGCAUUGCGUAGACGAGAGAAGAACAGACUUUCAAUGGCUGCAGCAAGAGAGACGGAAACAGAUAAUGAUACACUACAAAGACUCAGUCAGGCAAGGAUUGCAGUGUCUACAAGAAGGUUACAAGUGUGGAGAAAUAAAGAAAAUGCAGCGUUUAAAUAUUCUGCUAGUGUCGAUUAUGCCUCUGAUUCAUGGUGUAAUAUUGGAGGGAUGACAAUACAGUGUGAACAAUGUAAUGCUCUGAAAUGGAAAGAUGAAGCAAGAGGGAUGUGUUGUGCGGCAGGCAAAGUAAAGUUGCUUUCAUUGGAUGAUCCUCCCGAAGAGUUGCGAGACCUCUUCGGAAACCAACAUCAGAAUGCAAAGGAUUUCCAGAAAUAUCUCCGAAAGUACAAUGCCUGUUUCGCCAUGACAUCUUUUGGAGCGACUAAAGAAGUAAGAGAACAUGGAUUCAUGCCCACUUUCAAAAUACAGGGUCAAGUAUACCAUCGAAUAGGAAGCGUAUAUCCAGCAGAAAAUGAACAAGCGAAAUUUCUUCAAGUCUACUUCAUUAGUGACUACCAAAAACAGGCUGAACAAAGAUGCACAAAUAUUUCAGAUGUCAAACCAGAUGUUGUUCUGCAUUUACAAGCAAUGCUACAGCGAGAAAAUAAUUAUGUCCGAAGUUUCAAGACUGCAAUGGAAAGUAUUACUCCUGAAGCCAAAUUGGUAAUAUAUGCUGACAGAAUUCCAACUGGGGAACAUCAGAGAAGAUUCAAUGAACCAAGUGCGUCAGAAGUUGCAAUUCUCAUGGCUGGAGAGACUCACGGAACCAGAAACAUUGUUUUAAAUUUUAGAGAUAGUACUAUUCAGAGGAUAAGCGAAACGCAUCGUUCCUAUGAUGCCCUGCAGUAUCCAUUACUAUUCUGGAAAGGUGAAGAUGGAUAUCACUUCGAGCUGAAGCAAAUCAACCCGCAAACUGGGCAGCUUAUGACGAAAAAGAUUUCGGCCAUGGAUUUUUAUGCGUAUAGGAUUAUGUUUCGCUCUAAUGAAUUCAACAUUAUUUUGAGAGGAAAAGAAUUGUUUCAUCAAUAUUUAGUUGACAUGUACGCAAAGAUCGAAGCAGAAAGGCUUAGGUACAUUGAACUCAACCAACGCAAACUGAGAGUCGACGAAUAUGUUCAUUUGAGGGAUGCCCUUAGGAAUGACGGGAACGUUGAAGACAUUGGAAGACUUACGAUUUUGCCGUCAAGUUUUACAGGAGGUCCACGAUAUAUGCAUGAAAGGACUCAGGAUGCAAUGACUUAUGUGCGAAGCUAUGGAAGACCAGACCUUUUUAUCACUUUCACCUGCAAUCCCACUUGGAAUGAAAUAAAAGAAGAACUAUUUCCUGGCCAGAAACCUCAAGAUCGACACGACUUAUUGGCAAGAGUAUUCCAUGUGAAGCAAAAGAUGUUGAUGAACCUCAUCUCCAAGGGUAACAUAUUUGGAUCAGUACAGUGCUUCAUGUACACCAUCGAAUGGCAGAAACGUGGGCUGCCUCAUGCCCAUAUUUUGGUUUGGCUGAGAGAAAAGAUUCAUGCUCAGCGCGUAGAUGAAUUCAUCUCUGCUGAGUUUCCUAAUCCUCAAGAAGAUCCAGGUCUCUUCAACUGCAUAAGAACACAAAUGGUUCACGGGCCUUGUGGAGUCAUCAAUCUAAAUUCACCGUGCAUGAAGAAUGGUAAAUGCAGCAAACGGUAUCCAAGAAAAUUAGUAAAAGAAACUCAAACUGGAGUUGACGGAUAUCCGUUGUAUCGUCGACGUAGUCCAGAAGAUGGGGGAUUCACUACUCAACUCACCGUCAAAGACAAGGAUGUCUUAAUUGAUAACAGAUGGAUUGUUCCUUACUGCCCACUACUUUCAAAAAUAUUUAAUGGCCACAUCAACAUUGAAUUUUGCAAUUCCAUCAAAUCCAUUAAAUAUGUAUGCAAAUAUGUAAACAAAGGAUCUGAUAUGGCAGUAUUCCAUGUCAAUUCCACUUCAAAUCAACAGAAUGAAGUGAGAGAAUACCAAGUUGGAAGAUAUAUCAGUAGUAAUGAAGCUGCAUGGCGCAUUCUCAACUUUCCCAUACAUGAACGUCACCCCACCGUUAUCCACUUGAGUGUGCACCUUGAAAAUGGCCAGAGAGUAUACUUUACAGCUGCAAAUGCUGCAGAAAGAGCACAGAUGGCUCAAGAGACCACAUUGACAUCUUUUUUCCGACUUUGUCAAGAAGAUGAUUUUGCAAGCACUCUUUUGUAUAAUGAAGUUCCCAAGUACUUUACGUGGAAUAAUAGCUCUAAGAAGUGGAGUCGUCGCAAAGUUGGCCAUGAAGUGCCAAACCACCCUGGAUUGAAAUGCAGCGAUGCACUUGGCAGAGUUUUCUCCAUUCAUCCAAACAACUCUGAGUGUUUCCACCUAAGACUUCUCUUGCACGAAGUUAGGGGUCCUGUCUCCUUUAUAGCAUUGAAGACAGUGGAAAGACAUGUGUGUGCAACUUUCAAAGAGGCGUGUCAACUUAAAGGACUUCUUGAAGACGACAAUCACUGGAAUGCAACACUGGAAGAAGCUGCUCUAACUCGGUCACCCGUAAUGCUUAGAAAUCUAUUCGUUGUGAUACUCCAAACUUGUGACAUCAAAUCCCCUCCACUUAUGGCUUAA